AAGCUGUAUACACACAUGCCCGCCCGCCCGCCCGCUCCACCUUUCAGAGCCACGCUAGAGGCUUCAACAUCAGAUAAAGACGCUGUUGGUUGGAGAAAGAGAACAAGAGAGAGAGAGAAAGGCAGCAGUGCUUCCCUCCCUCCCUCCUGCUCUUCUUCCGUUCACUUCCUUCACGCUUCUGCACUGAGGAGACGCGCAGCCUGCACCCUUCUGGGUAUGCUGGAGCCUGUCCCAGCUGACCUUGGCCGAAACGCGGGUACGCCCUGGACUGGUCACCAGCCAAUCGCAGAUGUUUCUUAUUUAAAAUUAUUUUGGGAGAGGACUCUGACAUCUGCCACACAAGGACAGAUCAGACAACUCAUGCAGUCACAGAGACGUGUUGAAGAGGCUAGCUGUCCAAAUGGCUUCUCCAUGAAGCCUGGGGGUCCAUCUGGGCAGCACAUUCUAACCUCUCCAGAUCUGACCCAAGAGGUGGUCAUCUCUCCUGGACUGCCUACUCCUCCCCUGAGCCCCUUCCGCUCUGCAAGAGUUGCACCUGGAGAGUUCAAGGAAGCAGAGGUCAAUGGAAGUGGCCAAAUGUCUCCAAGUUUUGGAUCAUACUAUGGCCCCUCACAUCCACAUGGGGGCCUCACCAAUGGGAUCCAGGCUUCACCCACAAGGGAAGAAAGGCUCAUCAAAUUCUCAGGAAUUGGCCCAGUGGAUGAAACAGGGAUGCCCAUUGCCUCCAGAUCAAGUGUAAACAAGCCCAGGGACUGGUACAAGAGCAUGUUCAGACAAAUUCACAAGAAGCCAGAGGACUCUGAUCUGGAGGAUAUCGAGAGCUGGACUACUAGACGCCUACAGGCCUCUGCAAACACGGAGGAUGAAGAAGCCGACGAGCACCUCUUCAGACUAACACCACAUGGAGCCUUGCCAGACUGGAGCCAGGAUGUCAGCGAGCUGUCAGACCCAGGGAAGCAGCAACGUAAACCUAAGAGCAUAUUCGACUAUGAGCCUGGAAAAGAGGUCUCCUCUCUAAGCCUCAAGCAGAGUCAAGUGUCUUCACAAAAACAGGCUGAGAAGUCUCCUUCUGUUGAGGCCAGUCUGGUCUCUGAGCUGAGUCGCUUUGAGGCUGAGUUGGACUCGGAUAUCCAGGGCUUGGAGAGGAGACUUUCCCAGAAGAAGCAGCAGCGUCGAGGCUGGGGUGAGGAGGCCAGGACCAGGGACACGGUGACUGCUGCAAAGACAGGAACUAUAAACUACAGCAAUUCAUCAGCAUCAAAGCAACCCAUCCAUCACUCUGUUGGCCCCUCAUCAGUCUUCACGCCUGCGUUUGUUGAUCGACUUUCUGCUGCCAAUGACACAAUGGAGCGUUCACCUAAGAAAGAAGAAAAGAAGAUGAAAGCAGCACGAGCCAAAUUCAAUUUCCAGGUUCAGUCACAAAAGGAGCUCACACUACAUAGGGGCGACAUUGUUUACAUCCACAGACAAGUAAAUGACAACUGGUUUGAAGGAGAACAUCACGGCAGAGCGGGCAUCUUUCCUACCACCUAUGUGGAGAUUCUGCCUCCAUCUGAGAAGCCAACGCCUGUAAAAACACCCAGUGUACAGGUGCUAGACUACGGUGAAGCAGUAGCACUGUAUAAUUUCAAUGCCGACCUUCCAGUUGAACUUCCUUUUCGGAAAGGAGAAGUAAUAAGUAUAACCAGAUGUGUCGAUGACAAAUGGCUGGAGGGGAGGAUCUCAGGGACCAACCGGAGAGGCAUCUUCCCUGCCAGCUAUGUUCAGGUCAACAAGAUGCCCCGCACCAAAUACUCCAUGCAUGACUACUCAACAGGCCCAGUGUCUCCUCUGUCCCCUGGACCGCAGAGUCCAGGACGUCCACUCCACUCACCUUGUCUGCAGGAACCCCUGUCCCCUUUCAGCCCCACAUGCAUCAGCCCCAAACCAGAUCACUCCCCCCUGAAAUCAUCUUCACCUCUGCCUUACGGUGUUGCUUCACAGUCGCACUCUGUAUCACUAUCGAAAGGCUCUAUCGAAACAGCCAAUCGAUGGUCUCCCAGUUCCUCUAAACCUUCUUCAUCUGCCAACCACUCUGUGUCACCUGCUCAGCCACCAGCGUCUGUACCCAGCGCAGGAGAGCCUACAGUGAAUACGUCCAGAUACAAUGAUCCAUUACAGGGUGCUCUAUUCAAUCCCGCUGCCAAUUUGCUCCCACCUGCACAAGUGCCAAACCCAGACCGUUCUACAAUGGCGCAACAAUCGUAUAAAGCUGUGUAUAACUACAAACCACAGAAUGUUGAUGAGUUGGAGCUCAAGGAAGGCGACAUUGUACAAGUAAUGGAGAAAUGUGAUGAUGGCUGGUUUGUAGGUACGUCAGAAAGGACUCAUGCUUUUGGGACUUUUCCUGGGAAUUAUGUGUCACCGGUUUGACUUCUUGUUUGACCACAUUCACCUGGACAUCCACAAGCGCUCAACAACUACAGCAAAUAUUUGUUGUUGCCCACCUAUGGCAUACAUGCAUGUUCACUAUUUUUCUUGGGAAGACAUGGAUAUAAGAGAUGUCCUCACGUUCCUGCAUGAGUGCAUGUGUGUGUUGCACUGGCUUAUUGUUUUUUUCCACAUUCGUGCACCAUUAUCAUAAGAAGGACUGGAUGUUGAAGACACUGCUUUGAAUGCAAAAACAUGUUAUUUUGUUCCACGGCUUUAUGCACCCACAGCAAAUUGAUAUUUUUCCAGAGAUUAGGACUGCUCUUAUGUCUUGCUUUCAGCGUUCAGCCAGCACCGUGACACCACAAAUCACUGAAUUGUGAAUUUGAAAUAAUUUUCUGACUCAAUGAUUAACAUUUCCAUAAAAUGUCUGUCUCAGAUUAUCUUUCAGAGCUUUGAAGACAUUUGAAGAAACAACAUGACACUACGUAGAUAUGCUCUUAAGUUAAAUCUACCAUUAUGAGUUUCUAUCCUUUUACAAAGUUAUUCAGAAAAGCCAAAUUAUGAUCACAUACACUGGUUUCUUGCUAUUCGUUGUUAAAUGUCUAUAGUUAUUGUCUUACCAUAACCAUAGAUAUUGUCUUACCAUUUUACACGCUGUGAAAAAAAUAAAUUGACAAACAUGUUGUUUGUGCUGAUGUAAGUUUCUCUCGUCAAAUAAUAAUUUAAUAAUAAAUUAAACACAUGUUAAAUAGACAAAUCUCCACAGUUACGGACUGAAUGGACCUCCUUAAGGAUACACUUAUUUUAUUCUAGUCUUGUCACUAAAAACUUACAAACUCCAUUGUUACUUUCUUCUUUGAAAAAUCAUCAUUCUGAGUGUAGGCUUUGCUAAGCAUAAUAUAAAUCUUAGAAAUGAAGUUGUAUUUUAUGAUAGCACAAGGAUUUUAGUGUAAAUCAUAUAGCCUACAGGUGAUUGUACAGUGUAACCUUUUGUCAAAAUUGCAAACUUUAAUAUAUGUGCCUAUGAAAUAUUGGAUUUUUACAGCAUGUAGGUAUGGUUUGUGUUUUUUAAGCUGUUAAUUAAUUAAACAUUGCAGUGCUGCAGAAAGAAUCCUGUGUUAUUGUGUAUGUUAAGUAUGCACGGGCACUCAAAAUGAUGCAAAAUAAGUCACCAGUGUUAUUAAAGAAUAUUGAAAGUACACAUUACCAGGAGGGGUGCCACAAGAUCUCGCAAGAUUAAAACGUGACAAGAUUUCUCGUUUGGAGAAAAACUGUCUUGCCAGAACAGGACAGCCAGAAGCGAAUCAGAC